AUUUGGAUUUGCUCAGUGUAAGUAUUUGCAAUUAUCUGAUAUCAAGAAUCAGAUUCUAACACAUUGCCUUUAGUCAACCAGACUACAUUCAUAACUAUUCUUUGGUUAUAAAAGGUUUUUGUCUGUACCAUUUCAUUAAAUUUUUUUACAUUGUACUUGAAAUUCUACAACACAAGUUAUUUAAAAGUAGAAAUAGGUUUUUCCAAAUUUAUCCAGACACAAGACAGACUUCCUUCAGACAGUGAUAGUUACACUAAUAUGGAGUAGCUAUUUACUGAGGUGAUUCUUUGGUCCUGCCCAUACUUGUCAUGGAAUUAGGAAGGUGUCUUGAUGAAAGUUUACUGUGCAUCAUUGUUCUGACCUGUGAUUUUAUAACCAAUUUGUUAAAAAGUUUUUUCCUGUUUUGUGUAGGUAUUUCCAUACCAUGUAUCUGGGAAUACGGAGUCGUCAGGGUUCGAAGUCAGAACAUUGGCAAUACUACUGGAAGAUGGUGUAUGAGUUCGCUGAUGUGAGCAUGUUGCAUUUACUGGCCACCUUUCUGGAGAGUGCACCUCAGCUGGUGUUGCAGCUGUGCAUCAUCAUACAAACACACAAUCUUCAGGCUGUUCAAGGGAUGACAGCAGCAGCCUCACUUGUCUCUCUUGCAUGGGCUUUAGCCUCCUACCAAAAGGCUUUACGAGAGUCCCGGGACGACAAAAAGCCCAUUGGCUACCUUGCAGUCAUCAUCCAGUUCUGCUGGCACUUCUUCACUAUUGCAGCCAGGGUCAUCACAUUUGCCCUCUUUGCCUCUGUUUUUCAACUCUAUUUUGGCAUCUUCAUUGUUCUGCACUGGUGUAUCAUGACUUUUUGGAUUGUCCACUGUGAGACAGACUUCUGCAUCAGCAAAUGGGAGGAGAUUGUGUUUGAUAUGGUGGUGGGCAUAAUAUAUAUCUUUUCCUGGUUCAACGUCAAAGAGGGAUGUACAAGGUGAAAACACUUAUGAGCACACUCUUAUCUUAACCUUGUGAAGACAUAUUUAUUUUAGAUAGAAGGUAUUUGUAAACAGAAAAGGUUUGCUUUAAUUUAGGUUCUGCAGAGUACUUGUUUUAAGACCCAAAACAUUUAACCUAAUUUAAGAAUGGGGUCAAAACAUUUCUUUAGAACAAUAAGGGUACAUAAUUAUGAAAGGAUUAAUUUGUCAACAGAAACAGACAAUAUUUUUUUAAGAUUUAGUUUUUUAGUACUGAAGAGUGUUGUUAGUGAAGUGAAACUAACAAAUCACAAUGCAAGGCAGAAAUAAAACAAAAAUAGUAUUUGGGAAAAUAAAGUUUAAAUAUUUUUGCUGAAUACAAAAUUGAUAACUGAUUCUCUACUGAUGUGAAGGACCUAUAUUAAUAUUUUGGAAUAUUAAUAUGGUGGAUUUAGAGCAUUUAAAUUUCACAAAAUGGCAGCUUGCGCAGAGAAAGAAGCUGAUCUUUUGCUGUUGUAUUUUUUAGCACUAGUGGCCUUUAUUUGAAAGUAAUCUGACAGGAACAGGCAAAGAGAAGGGAAAUGAACCAAGGACAGGAGUUGAGUUCAGGACGGUGUUCUGACUAUGAGUGCUACCUCAUUAGAUUUUCCUACCGUAGCACGGAUAGAUAGCUAUGUCUAUAUGUCGGUGCUA